AUGAACAAUAAACCUUAUCUUAAAAGCUCAUUCGGUGGACUCCGCCGAAUUCUAAGAAAGACCAUUUGGAGCAGUCAGCUUACAUUCCAACUGGUGGAUGCCUGUGUAAGCUGGAUGGGUACAUUCAAAUGUGAAGAGAUUCGUGCUAUCGGUGUGGCCUCGAAGAUUAACUGGUCGAGCAUGCGGGUGCAAAGCGAAGAGGAAAGAAAACUCCCAAACAAUGAGCAAGACGAUAUUGAGUUAUCUCAAAUGGCCAUUCGGGAAUCGGUUCAUCAGCUAGGAUCAAGGAUACAGCACGAAGAAAAUGACGGCAAAGGAACAAACUUCGGCAAAGAUCUCCAACAGAUCAGUUCGCUACUCGAUGACUCAAAAUUCAGUUUGUGUAGUGAGAAGGAUGAAAUGAACUGCAAACGCAUACACAUGCGAUUGAAUCAACUAAACAGUGUCCGAGAGCAAAUGGAAAAUCGCUUAAAGAAUUCAACUGAAGGAACUGCUGAAUUUAUACAGCUCCCGAAACAGAAAUCAGGAUCACGGAAAUUGGAUGCCAGCCCGAUUCGAUCUGCUAUAUCAGAAUAUGUGCAAAAUGUGCGUAUAAAUUUGCACGGAGUUCUGCGAAACGUGGUCACUCGUGAAGAACGUAAACGAAUUCAUGAAAUGAUAAAUGCCACUGAGGAUUGGCUUACUCGAACUACUUCACCAAUUAAUGUUCGAACAUGCGAGAAGCAGCUUAGCGCUUUGCGCCGUAUUUGUUCCCCAGUGGAAAGGAGAAUAAAUGAAAGACACAUGGCAUUGCAAAAUCUGCAAAAGACAAUUCAAUUCUUGAAGAAUUGGUUGGAACGUGAAACAGAAACCACAUCUAAUGCAACCAAUAAGAUCAAACAGAUGCGUUUGAAUGGUUUACAUUCCUUGCUAAAGAUUUACGAUGAUUGGUAUCAGGAACAGGUGCUGAGGCCAUUAUCAGAAGAAGAUUUUUCCCUCAAAACUGCCCAAAUAGUGGCUCAACAACAGGCAUUGGAAGUUGCUUGGAUAUCUGUGGCCGAUUUAGAAGGCUCUGAUAUGCCGAAGGUACCUGAGUUGCCUCUAACAUGCAUCAAAACUGGGAGACGCAGAAAGCCCAAACCAAAACUUAGAAAACAGAAGUCGAUCAGUAGACAAAUAAUUGAGGACUACAUUUCAGAUAUGUACACCAAGUUACAAGGUCCUCUGAAUACUUUUGUUACGGAUGAAGAGCAACGAAUUUUCAGUGAUCUCUUGGAAGAAACUCGUCGCUGGCUGGCAGGAUCUGNCCAGUACGUUGACCAUGGCACCGUUCAGGAAAAAAUACACCGUUUGAAGGAAAUCGGUAUUGUAAUCGAGAAAAGACUUGCGGAACGUGUGAUGGCAGUAAAACGGUUCAAACGUUCAAUAGAGAACUAUCGCAGUUUAUUGAACCAGUUACGUGCUCAGAAUGGAACAUAUUCUCCGCAAGCAAUAGGAAUGUUUGUUCAACUACAAGCUCAGCUGGAUUGGUACGAUCAGUGGCUACGUGGACAUCAAGAACGUCAGCAAAAGCAACAACACCAAGGAAAUUCCCGAUUUGAGAAUUUGAAUUCCUCGAUUACCACACAACAAAUACUUGAUCAACACGAGGUAUGA